AUGAAGCUCGAUAAGAUCGUAGCGGUCGAGAUCGUGGUUCGCAUCCUCUGCGUCCUCUACUGCGUCUUCCUCUAUGGCAUGGUCAAGGCGCUGACUGGCAAGACCAUCGACAUGGUUGUCAUGAGUCUCACGUACAUUAUGAUUGCCACCUGUCCGUGUUUGUGGGGCUUGAUCCGAUGCUUGCGCGAGUGGGCGCGCCGCAAGCCGAUCGUGGUCGUCCAAGCCAAGCCCAAGAAGAAGCCGGACAUUGCGACCAAAAAAGAGAUCCAAGUCGCGCAAACGCAAGCCGAGAUCCUCGCGGCGCAGCGAGAAAAAGCCAAGGAGCUCGGCGGUCUCGUUGAGAAAUCAACCAAGUCGAAGAAGAAGAAGGGCAAGACGCCGACGCGGAAAGGACCCCCCAAAGCCAAGAAGGAUAAGACCGACAACGUCUAA